UCACCAAUUUGUUUCCUUCUUUUCCAUUACAUUCCCUUGAGGGUUUUACUCAGAAAAACUCACAGGGAAUGCCUGUUUCAUCCAUCCAAUAGAUCACGAUAUGAACAUCAGUGUAUGGGAAAAGAACAAAAUGUUCAGAAGCUUGUUUCUGAUUCCCUUGUUGCUUCAUACAAUAUUGGCCAAAAAAACUGCACUUCCAAAUCUUCCAACACCUCAAGUCCCUCCCCAGCAAUGGUCAACAUUAAGUGGCAAUGAGCCUCUUGUAAUAGCCCGUGGUGGUUUUUCGGGACUAUUCCCAGAAGGCUCUCCUGAUGCAAUUGGGCUAGCACAAGGCAUAAGCGUUUUCUUGUGCAAUCUUCAGUUGACAAAAGAUGGCGGUGCCUUUUGUGUCACGGGGACUACGCUUGACAAUACAACAACUAUAUCUUUGGUGGAUCCUAAGGAGAAAACCUACAAUGUUGAUGGGAAGGACGUGCAAGGACACUUUUCUUUUGAUUACACAGGUCUUCUGAUUGAGCAGAAUGUAUCAAUGACUCAGGCCAUAUAUUCUCGACCCAAUUUUUACGAUGGUGCUUCUCCGGUUCUUAAUCUUGAUGCUCUACUAAGCGGAAAAUCGCCCCCAAGGACCUGGUUGAAUGUUCAGAAUGCAGCACUAUACAUCGAAAACGGAGUACAGGUGGUAGACAUUGUUUUAGAAUUAUUGAAAGUUUAUCAAAUAGAGUUUGUUUCAUCUUCAGAUAUUGGUUUCUUGAAGAGUAUCAGUGGGAAAUCAAACAAGGCAACUAAGGUCGUCUUUAAACUUCUUAACAAUAAUAAGGUUGAACCCUCAACCAAGAAGCCAUAUGGAAGUAUUGUGAAGGAUCUUGUCACAAUCAAGUCGUUUGCAUCAGGAAUAAUGGUCCCAAAAGAAUACAUAUGGCCAGUUAAACCAGACAAAUAUCUAGGACUUCCCACAACACUUGUGGCUGAUGCCCAUAAAUCAGGACUAGAAGUUUAUGCUUCUGGUUUUGCUAAUGACUUCUUUACUAGUUAUAGUUAUGACUACGACCCUGUUGCCGAGUACCUUCAAUUUGUAGACAGAGGUGAUUCUGUUGAUGGUGUUGUCACUGAUUUCCCAGCAACAGCAUCAAAUGCCAUCGCACCAACUUUGAUCAUAAGCAACAAUGGAGCAAGUGGAGUUUAUCCAGGCAGCAGUGAUCUUGCAUAUCAGAAAGCAAUAGAUGAUGGCGCUGACAUUAUAGAUUGCUCGGUUCAAAUGACAAAAGAUGGAAUUGCCUUCUGCUCAGAAUCCACAGACCUAACAUCAGAUACCACUGCAAUGCCUAAAUUCAUGUCUCGAUCUUCCAGUGUCCCAGAAAUUCAACCAAAAAGUGGAAUUUUCUCCUUUGAUCUUACAUGGAAAGAGAUUCAGACAUUAAAACGUAAAUACUAUUUCCAUAAUGAACUUAAGUAUAAAUUUCUUGUUUCAGCUCAAAUGGUUAGUAAAAGCAGCGAUUUCCUAAGAAACCCCGCAAACAAGACCAGCGGUAAAAUUGUCACCCUCUCGGAAUUUUUGGAGUUAGCCAAGGCUAAGGCAGUUCCUGGCAUUUUGGUCAACAUACAAAAUGCCCCCUACCUUGCAUCCAAAAAGGGUCUUGACAUUGUAGAUGCUGUCAGCAUUGCUUUGAUCAAUGCCACCUUUGACAAGCAAACCAAACAACAAGUUCUGAUUCAAUCAGAUGACAGCUCGGUCCUAUCCAGGUUUAAAGACAUCCCAUCUUACAAAAGGGUUAUGUUAUUGAUUGAUAAAAUGGGCGAUGUACCAAAACAAUCAGCAGAAGAAAUAAAGAAGCAUGCGGAUGCAGUGAAUCUUCCAAAAACCUCAAUUCUCAAAAUAUCUAAUGCCAUCUUAGUAGGAAUGACAUCUAUUGUUCAAGAGUUGAAAGAUGCAAACCUCACAGUAUUCGUCCAUAGUCUUAAAAACGAAUACACAACCCUGGCAUUUGACUAUUGGUCUGAUCCUAAUGUCGAGAUUGCAACUUACAUCCAAAUUGCCAAGGUUGAUGGAAUCGUGACCGAUUUUCCAGCCACUGCUAGUAGAUUCAUGAGGAGUCCAUGUAGCAUUCCAACCAAUGAUCCUUCUAUCUUACCAGCUAAGCCUGGUGAUCUAUUGAACACUAUUCCAACUGAAAUUCAGCCACCAGCACUGGCUCCACUUCCUCCUCUUGAGGUUGCAAACGUUGUUGACCCACCUCUUCCCGCUGUGACUAAAAGUUCUAAAAAUUCCACUGUAGCUGAGCCUGCUGAUGCUGGUGCUACACCUGCCUCCCCUCCUCUCCCUUCAGGUGCCAGGGCAAAUGUUGCUAGCAGUGGCCUUUCUAUAAUAACUAUUUUGGUGUUUGCUAUGCUCUUCGCUGCUCAUCAAUGAUUAUUGUGAUUAACCCCUAGCACAAUCUAUAGAUCGCUAAUUUUCCUCUAA